AUGGCGACUCUAGUGGACUCAAUCCUGAAUUCAGACGCCUUUGGCGCAACACCGUCCUCACCUAGACGAGCUCAGAAUGGCACUCCAUCCUCUUCAAGACCGCAGCCCCUGCUCUCCGAGAGCAAUGGCAUCCCCUCAGAAGCCGAUGUCUUCCCAGACGAUGAAGUUGUCGGCGCAGCGCGCGGCAGACCACGGAAUCCUUUAGACCGCAACGUAUCACAAGUCACAGAUAAGGCGGGCGAAAAAGUACAACAGGCCUUUGAAGAUUUUCUCGAGUCGCACGUCGAAGAACCCUCGGCGUCGGGAGCCCCUCCUUCGAGCGAACUGAGAACAGACAAAUACUACAUUAAUCAGAUACAUGGCUUGCGAGAGUUCCAGCUCUCGACGCUUUACGUGGAUUUUCGUCAUCUGCUAUCGUAUAAAGAAGGCCCUAUUCUAGCAGAUGCAAUCGCAAACCAAUUCUAUCGCUUCCAUCCAUUUCUACUCAGGGGGUUGCACAAUCUCCUGGCCAAAUAUGAGCCAAUAUAUUUCAAAGAUCACCGUCAGAUGACCAGCAAUGCUUCACAAGCGGGCACCUCAAUGGCAGGCAAUGCGACUAGCGAGGGGAGCACUCAGGGUGACAAACCACUGAAUCCACAGACGGACAAACUCUUCGCCCUGGCAUUUUACAACCUUCCCCUUGUAUCCCGGGUACGGCAACUGCGCACAGAUCAGAUCGGAAGACUGCUUUCUAUCUCGGGUACUGUGACGAGAACAUCAGAAGUUCGUCCUGAGUUGGCCCUCGGAACAUUUAUCUGCGAAGCAUGCAACACAACCGUCCCCAAUGUCGAGCAAACGUUCAAAUAUACAGAACCCACAGUGUGCCCCAACCUCACUUGUGGCAACAAGAUUGCAUGGCGAUUGGACAUUCGGAACAGCACAUUUGUGGACUGGCAGAAAUGUCGAAUCCAAGAAAACAGCUCUGAAAUCCCGACCGGGAGCAUGCCACGCACAAUCGAUGUCAUCCUUCGAGGAGAGCAAGUCGAGCGCACGAAACCUGGUGAGAAGUGUAUCUUCACAGGCACUCUGAUCGUUGUGCCAGAUGUCUCUCAGCUGGGAAUUCCAGGUGUGAAACCAGAGGCAUCCAAGGAUAACCGGAAUUUCCGUGGCGCCGAUGCUGGUGGUGCAGGUGUUUCCGGCUUGAAAGCACUAGGAGUUCGAGAUCUGACUUACCGCAUGGCAUUUCUGGCCGGGUUCUCGAGCCCCGAUACCACCACAGCCGGCCAGUCCGCCAGUCAAUUGAAUGGUCAAUCGACCAACAUCCUGAACUCCCUACACCAAACUGAUCUGUUUGACCAGUAUGAUAGCGGUACCAAGGCUCAGGAGGCAUACCUGGAAACUCUGACACAAGCCGAGAUUGACGAUCUGAAAUAUAUGGUCCAUUCCGACAAGAUCUACAGUAGACUGGUUCAGAGUCUCGCUCCCAUGGUUUACGGCCAUGAAAUAGUCAAAAAGGGGCUACUGUUGCAGCUGUUGGGCGGCGUGUCGAAAAUGACGCCAGAAGGAAUGCCCUUGCGAGGUGAUAUCAACAUUUGCAUUGUCGGCGACCCGUCAACGUCCAAAUCUCAAUUCCUCAAGUACAUUGCGUCUUUCCUUCCCCGAGCAGUCUAUACGUCGGGAAAAGCAUCCAGUGCAGCAGGUUUGACAGCCGCGGUGGUCAAAGAUGAAGAGACCGGCGAACACACCAUCGAAGCCGGCGCACUCAUGCUCUCUGACUCGGGAACCUGCUGUAUUGACGAAUUUGACAAGAUGGACUUGACCGACCAGGUCGCCAUCCACGAAGCCAUGGAACAGCAAACCAUUUCCAUCGCCAAAGCGGGCAUCCAUGCGACAUUAAACGCACGCACGAGUAUUUUGGCGGCUGCAAACCCCAUUGGCGGCCGGUACAAUCGCAAGGCCACUCUCAGGGCGAAUAUCAACAUGUCAGCGCCCAUCAUGUCUCGCUUCGACCUCUUCUUCAUCAUUCUGGAUGAGUGCAACGAGUCGGUAGACCGUCACUUGGCCGACCACAUCGUCAAUCUGCAUAUGCUGAAAGAUGAUUUCGUGCAACCUGAAUUCUCCACUGAACAGCUUCAGCGGUACAUCAGAUUUGCGCGCACGUUCAAACCAAUCUUCACACCCAGUGCUAAGAGGCUCUUGGUAGAAAAAUACAAAGAGCUGAGAGCCAACGAUACGGGUGGUGUGGUUGGGAAGAACUCGUACAGAAUCACUGUCAGGCAAUUGGAGAGUUUGAUCAGAUUGAGUGAAGCAAUCGCCAAAGCGAAUUGUGUGGAGGAAAUAACGGAGGUUAUGGUGUACGAGGCGUUUGAUCUGCUUCGCCAGUCGAUCAUCAGUGUUGAAAAAGACGAUGUCGAUGUCGAAGACGAUGAAGAGGAGGUCCAGAAUGCACAAGAUGGAGAGCGCCAACGAGAUGGCGAUAGUCCCAUGGCUGAUGGCGACCAUGAUCAGCAAGGUGAAGCCAGCACCAGAAAUCACCGCUCAUCUGCAACCCCUGCUGCGAAUACACGGCCCACCACGAAAAUCACCUUUGAGAAAUUCAACACCAUUCAAACCAUGCUAGCAACACGGAUACGUGAUGAGGAAGAUCGCACAGGUGAAGGUCCCGAGCGCGACGCAUUGUUGUUGUGGUACUUGGAACAGAUCGAAGACCAGUUGGCAAAUGAGGAAGACGUGGAGCGCGAGAGAGGUCUGGCCAGGAAGGUCUUGAAGAAGAUGGUCAAGGAUAACAUCAUCAUUCCGAUCCGCGGAGAAGGCCUUGUCGAAGGAGACGAGGAUGGCACCGGCGAGCCGUCGACAACAGCCCAAAACCAGCGACUGUCCUACGCCCUCCACCCGAACUGCGGCAUCUUUGACGACGAAUGA